AUGCCCGAGUAUAAACUUGUCGUUGUUGGAGCCGGUGGUGUCGGCAAGAGUGCACUAACGAUACAACUAAUUCAAAAUCAUUUUGUUGAAGAGUACGAUCCAACAAUUGAGGAUUCAUAUAGGAAACAGGUAAACAUUGACGGUGAAACGUGCAUGCUCGACAUUCUUGACACUGCGGGUCAAGAAGAAUAUAGUGCCAUGCGUGAUCAGUAUAUGCGAACAGGCGAGGGCUUCCUCUGUGUCUUUGCAGUAAACAACGCCAAAAGUUUUGAAGAUAUAAGUCAGUAUAGAGAACAGAUCAAGCGAGUUAAAGACGCGGACGAGGUACCUAUGGUGUUAAUCGGAAAUAAAGUGGAUCUUGCAGUUCGAUCGGUUGAUUCCUCAAAGGCGGAAUCCGUCGCCAAAGAGUACAACAUUCCUUAUAUUGAAACAUCUGCCAAAACUCGCCAGGGUGUUGAGGACGCAUUUUUCACGCUUGUUCGGGAAAUCCGCAAAUUUGUGAGUAAUUGCUUGUAA